AAAAAACAAUUCGACAAGAAUCACAAAACUUUCUUAUAUAAUCUCUCCAAGAUUUUUUGAACGCGUCUAAAAUGUGUUGGCUACUUGAGACCCUAAUAUCCCUGAUUUAGAUUGAUGACGCUAAUAAAUAAUGUUAACUUUGAUGCUAAUGUCCUACCUUGACCAAUCAACAAGUUACUGGAAAAUUUGCACCACAGGGCAAAGAUCAAUUUUAGACAAAGCGCCGAGUAAUAUCUUUGAAGACACGAAGUAUAAUCUUAAAUUAUGAAGAAGAAGAAGUAAACUUUGUUAAGGGAACGUAAAUUCGGCGACGAAACCUUCGACAGGGGGGCGUUAGGGGGGUGCGAAAGCCGCACAACACACAGAAGCCGCACGGAAAAACGCCAAAAAAACGCAAAACCGUCAGAUAAGUAAAAAAACCGUCAACCGCGCAGUCUAGAGAAACCGCAAUACCGCGGAAUAAAAUUCGAAAAACCGAAAACCGCGCCAGAUUUAAGGCAAAACCGGAUCUCCCCAAAACCUUACGCCCCCCUCCUACGCGCAACUAUUAUAUUCAAACAGCGAGAUGAUAAUUAUAACAUAAAACAAAGACGCUGUUGGCUAGUUAUUGGUUGCUACUUCGUAUGCUUCAAUCUCGGGUAUUGGUGAAUUAACCAAAAAGCCGCGCAAAUUUCAAGACUUUCUUUUAAAAGAUAUCACUUCCACCAAACUUGUAUAAAACCUAAAAAUUUGAUUUCAAAGAAAAGUCAAUGUAACGUUAUCGAAUAAAACGAGAAUGUAAUAACAAAUAGUAAAAAAAAAACUACGAGAAUUGCACCAAACUGAGUCCUUCAUAAGAUGUUCAAUAUAAGCCGCUUGGCAUCGCAAUUAAAGCCUGCCAUCUCAACACAACACUCACUUUAUGGAUUUGCAAAAAAAAUCCUGAAAAUAUAUUCUAGAAAAGUCUCAAUUUCCCAUCUUAAACAAACAAAGUGACCUCUUAAAUGUGGUUCCCCGAAUAUUAGAUGCGUUCCCUGAAUACAAUGCCUGCGUAAUAUUAUUUGACUGUUUAGAAUGCGUUUCACGAUCACAUCACCUGAACUUGAGGAAUGGAUAACGCAAAAGUUCCGGUUGGUUACUUGCUUACCACAGGCUUCAAUUCGGUGAUUUUAGCACAGGUAGCCCAGGAACACGGCGAGUGCAAAAGAUCUAAGAGAUUUUAUUUAUUUUGCCGUAAUCUAGUCGAAAUGAAUAUUCUGACUUCAUAAAAAAGCAGCGGUUUGGCGGUGAACUAUCUUAAUAAUUUCUUCUGUGCUCAAAUCCACCAAAAAUUGCUAUAAGGUUUUAACCGCUUGAAUUCUUUACGUCACCUCUACACUCGCCGUGAGCGUGGCUAGCCUGGUUUUAUCGCAUUGUCGCGGGUAAAACAAAAUGGCUUCGGCUAUGACUCAGCGAAAAUUUGCUGAGUCAUAGCAAAACAUUCCACUAUCAAAAUUAUUACUAUUAUUUUUUGGAGUGAAAAAUAUCGGAACUCGUCCCCCAAUAAUAUGAUAUUCCAAGCUUUUGUUCUUAUUUUUUCGCACAUUUAAAUAGAAAAAUACAUGGAUAAAUAAUAUAUUAUAAUAAACGGCAAACUGUUAUGAAAAUGAUAAAAAAAAUGUGUGAUAAAAAAUAUCAUAAAGCGCUCAAAUGUUGUCCAGCAAUUUUUUGUCGAUUUUACUUUUUUCCUCGAGCUUGCCCUUGACCCACGUAUCCAUUCCGAAGUUUUAUCGGACAUUUGGAUUCUUAAACUUUAUAAGAUCCCUUUAGCGAACAAAGAUGGUUGGGUAAAUAGGGUGGGCGUCGUCCUUGGUCGGCCCCCCAAAAAACAUGGUGUUUCAUGUCGUGUUGGAGAAAACAGCUAAAAUGUAGACGGAGAGCAUAUUGUCAAUUAAAAAUUGUUAGUGUAGAUGCGGCUUAAGUCGUAUGCGACCUGUCUACAACACGUCUUAAGCCGCAUCUUCACUAGCACUAAUUUAGUUGACGAUUUUUAUGUGGCAAUUUUUAUGUGGUAACUAUAGUUGCUCAAAAGCUAGGUUAGCUUUUUCUCGGCAAUUAAAAUAAAUUGUCACGCAUGAACGUAUCUGUUUCGUUUGAAAACGCAACCUUUUGUUACGGAUACGGAUAUCGUCCACUCUAACGCGAAAACAAUGACCGAAAACGGAACGAUUUGAAAACAAUCUCCAGAGUGGAACAAUUUUUGAAAACGAUACCCUUUCGGUGCCGUGGGGACGGACGAAAACGGAACCUUUCGAAAACGAUGACGUGAUAUCUGAGGUCCAGUCCACUUGCCGCGCGAGUACGCAUGCGCUGUAGAACUUGUUAUCGUUUUCGUAUCGUUUCUGCGUUUUCGUUGGGACGGGUCGUAUCAAAAUUAAAACGCUUCGUGUGGACGCGGAUCUUUUUGAAAACGGAACAAAAAGGUUGCGUUUUCAAACGAAAACGGAUACGUGGGGACGGUGUCUUAGCCCUGAAUUAUACACUACGAUAUUCGUAGUCGAGAAUGGUAGCGGAGUUGUUGGCUGAUUUCUCUACGACUCGAGUGGUAGGGUGCUGCACAAGACUAAAUCGUGCUGUCUUAAUCUCAGCCCUUUUCCGUGUUGCAUUCGUCGUUGUUCAAAACCCCUAUUACCAAACCACGAAUGCUAUAGGCAUUUUAAUUAAUCACAAACUCGAGCGUUUAUCCACCCUGCUGGCAAUAACAGGUGUUAUAACUUGGCUCUAGCUGAGCCCGUCGUGUCAAGAAUCAACUAUGCAGAGACCACAACUUCAAAAGUUAGCAAAAGAACCGAAAAAAGAGGGGAGCUUUAGUCUUUGAGUCUACUCAUUUACUUGGCUACACUUUCUGAUAAAAUAUCAACUUCAAACUGUGCUUAAAUAACCUCUAGGUUGAAUGUUGGGGUUUAAAGACCUCUUGUGGCGUUUAUUAGACUAAAUCGUAUUUAAUUUGUCGUGUUUAUGUUUCGUGGUGAGAGAGGAACGCCUUCUUAACACAUUCUAUUGAUUGAACCUGUUGGACUGCCAUACUUUGAUUUUCUGCUAAUUUGUGGGCACUUGCUUCCGAGCAUUUGUACAAAGAUUUCUUGGCAUCAUUUUGAAGAGGAUAUUCAAUUCAGUAGCUUCAUAAGGAGUGCGUUUUCGAAAGAUGUUUUCACAGACCCUUCAUUAGGACAUGGGUGUUGGCUGGCAAUAUUGAAACUGGCAAGAAGAGCUUAGCAAAAAUAAUAGAAAAGGAAAGGCUGAGAAAGCACAAAUGGGGACUGUUUUUCACUGGACAUUGCUUUGCUUGAUUUGCUACGUCUCAGGAAUCGAAAAAGACGUCAAUGGCUCUGACCUACAUGAGCACACACUGUUGGGCGAUCUCCUUAAAGGAUACAACAAGGACGCACACCCCGUACCAAUCCUGAACAAGACGCAGUACAUGGUCACGUUUGGCUUGGAGCUAGUGCAGCUAGUUAACGUGGAUGACAAGAAUCAGAUAAUCACAACUAACGUCUGGGUUCGCCAGAGAUGGACAAACCUGUUACUCAAGUGGGACCCUGAUAAGUACGGAGGCAUAACGAGGGUCCGAAUAGACGCCAGCAAGAUAUGGAUCCCCGACAUCGUUCUGUACAACAGUGCAGGAAUGUUCAACCGAAGACGCCGCAAAGAUGUGCGAGUAAUGAAGACGCGGACAAGUGCCGAUAGUGAGUUCAGUGGUGGUCUCGAGAAGUACAAGACACGUGUCAUUCUGAAUCAUGACGGCGUGAACGCGUGGUACAGCCCCGCCUCUUUCCGCAGCACUUGUCAGAUUGACGUCACGUUCUUCCCGUUUGACCAGCAGACUUGCUUUAUGAAGUUUGGCUCCUGGACUUUUGAGGUGGUAGACUUGGAUAUUUUCGCGGACAAGUCCCCACUCCACUCCUCUCAGUACAUGAAAAGUGCCGAGUGGGACCUGAUCGCUGCGAGCAAAAAACGGAACGUCGAGUAUUACGCGUGCUGUACAUAUCCUUUCUCUGACGUCACAGUCACGUGGGUGUUCCGCCGAAAGCCUCUCUUCUAUGUGUUCAACCUGAUCGUUCCGUGUCUCAUCAUCACGGGGAUGGUGUUAUUGGGGUUUAUGCUACCGCCCGAGUCAGGCGAGCGUAUAACACUAAGUAUCACCGUUUUACUGGCAAUGGCGGUCUUUCUUCAGCUCGCCGCAGAAAACUUACCGCGCAACUCAGACAACGUGCCCGUGCUUGGAAUCUUCUACAUCACCGUCAUGGUAGAGGUCGCGCUUUCUCUCAUCGCUACAUGCUACGUGCUCCACAUACAUCACAAAAAUUCCGGGAUCGCGGUGGUCCCUGUUCCUCACUGGGUCCAAGUCUACAUGUUGGGCUACCUCGGGAAGAUCCUUGGAGUCAAGAAACCGAUCACAGAAGACACAUACGAUGCAUCUUCUAAACUAGACUUUAAACGAUUGUCGAUGAUGAAACGAGACAUGGAGCGGGCAGUCGGCGAUGGUAAGAGAAGGUUUGGUCUGAGCAACGGUGGUAAGUCCGGGAGACGUCUAGGAUCUCGCGCGGUUUCGGAUGACUUAUUGAUGGAUUCGUUUGACCAGGAGGAUGACACCAACUCGAACAGUACCAACCAGAACACUACCAAUAACACGGGUAAUAACCAGCGAACAUUUAGCGUCCAGUCAAGUAUGAAUACUAAAGCAACGCAAGGGAUCAUUGUACUGGCAGAUCACGUGAAACACAAGCGCCUGGUUGAGAUUAACCAGGGAGAGUGGAGGUACCUGGCCAUGGUGCUGGACAGGCUGUUCUUCUGGUUGUUUGUUCUGAUGAUUAUUUUAUCAGCGUCGGUUAUAUUACGAUCACCUAGUAUUUCUUUGUAGUUAUCGAGAGGUAAAUAGACGGAAUUAUUGGCGUCUACCCUUGGCUCAAUGGGCCAGUAAAAUGUGCUAGUGGUGAGGAGAAGUCUAUGCAUUUAAAGACGAGUAAAAGCGGCAAACUCACCAGUUUACUUCCGGUCCAGUACGUAACAAUUCCCGAUGAUUUUUAAAGGAAAACGCGAAACAUUUCACAAUUAAAAGAAACAGUGUGUCUUUAAGUUUCUUCGAGCAUGUGACUGAUAAUGUAAGGCGGAUGGCCUGUUAAAUAGCGUGGAUUGUAAUAGAUUAUUUUGUCUCUUGUCGGUUGAUGUUUCUGUCGGCCCCCCGGAAGUAAACUGGUGCGAUUGCCGUCGUUUCAAGGUUAUUUGCGAAGGAAAUUCCAUCUUUGACUUAUUUGAGUUUGUUUGGAUGUGUGUCGUGCGCCCAGGUCUAUGCACACAAGGAAAAAUUAGUUACACACAAAAGUAUCUGCAAAAUGCUAUGUUAACGUUGAAUCUAUAAAGAUAAAUCUAUCCAGAUGAAUAUGUCAAGAUGAAUCUAUAUAUAUAUAUUUUUUUUGUGUGUGUGUGCAACUCGUACAUACGUGCACAUGUCUGGGCUCACAAAGACAAGUUUGUUUUGAACAGUCUAUGAGAUAAGCAUAAUACAUACAAUUCUCAAAAGAACCGCGGCAAAAAAGGUUUUAUAAGCGCAGUUAGCGCUUCUUCGAGUUACUAAUACGACACGUAGCUAGAACUUGCUAUUACUUUUUACGCCGUAAAAUAAUCGACACCAGCGAACAUAGCGAUGGAAAAAUGUUCUACUUUAUGUAAAUACCAACAAAUAUUAUUAAACAGUCUGUUUAUAUCUUCUCA